ACUGGAAAGGUAUUAUUUUAAGAAGAAAAUCAUGGUUAUAUUAGUUCUUCGUCAACCGUCAACGACCUACUUCUUUACCUCUGUCUCCUCCGCUUUCCAAGAGCUCUCUGUCUCUCCUUCUUGCUCCCUCGUUGAUUUGUAAAUUUCAUCAUCAUCAUUUUUGUUGACAAUUUAAAACAAUUUAAAUAGUUUCUUAGCAACAGAAACUAUGGGUGGUAGGCUUAGCUCGAACGUGAAGAGGCACACUAUGAAAAAUGUCACUUUGGCUGUGGACACAGUGGCUGAGACGAUUGAGAAUGAGACAGUCAAGAGCAAGGUGCCAUCUGUCUCAGUGCCUUCAGCUGAGGGUGAGAUCUUGCAGUCCUCCAAUUUGAAGUGCUUCGGCUUCAAUGAACUCAAAACAGCCACCAGGAACUUCCGUCCUGAUAAUAUGGUUGGUGAAGGUGGUUUUGGUUUGGUCUUCAAGGGGUGGAUUGAUGAGAAUUCAUUAACAGCUGCCAAGUCUGGUACUGGCAUGGCUAUUGCUGUGAAAAGGCUUAACCAAGAAGGUCUCCAUGGUCAGAAGGAAUGGCUGUUGGGAAGCUAAAAUAAAG